AUGAAGUUGCAAUUGUUGUCAUUGCUUGUGUUGCUGGUGCCAAGCAUCAGCGCCGAAAACGGAGUAUUCUAUGCACAGGUGUACCGGGACGGUGUUGACGUCGUCAGCAACCCGGAGUUGAUCUCGCGGCACGUCGAGGCCGUUGCGGCCAGACACGAGCUGUCCCGCCGGACCGUUGAGGACGAGGAGCUCCAGGUGGGCGGCGGCAAGUUCAGCGCCAACGUGUACAACUUCGAGAACUUUCAGUAUUCGGUGGACAUCACCCUGGGCACGCCUGCUCAGAACUUCCGGGUCGCGCUUGACACCGGAUCCUCGCUCCUGUGGAUCCCCUCGGAUAGGUGCACGUCGCAGAUCUGCAGAACGCGCAACAGAUACCGCUCGGGCGCCUCGUCAACGUUCAAGGCGACGGACAAGACUUUGAGGCUGCAGUACGUCAAGGGCGACGCGAAGGCGCGCGUCAGCUACGACACACUCUACUUCGCGGGCGCGAAGAUCGAGAACCAGGGCUUCGGCGAGGCCGAAGCCAUCGGCGACGACUUCUCGGGCGCCCGGUUCGACGGAAUCAUCGGCAUCGGCUACCCCUCGAUCGGCUACGGCAUCAAGCCGCCCAUCAACACCUUGAUCGACAGCGGCGGACUCAAAGAUCCUAUGUUCGGAAUCUAUAUCUCGAACGCCCAAAACAGGAACUCGCCCGUGGGGGAGAUCGUCCUAGGAGGCUAUAACACCCAAAAGUUCAAGGGCGACAUAAAGUGGCUCCCCGUCUUGAGAAAGGCGUUCUGGGAGACAGAUCUGUCCGCGUUCAAGGUCGGCAACUUCGCGCUGGACGUCCAGGGCCUCACUGCCGUCUUCGACACGGGCUCCUCGUUCAUCAUCAUGCCCGAGGACACCUACACGGACUUCGUGUCGCAGUUCCCCGGCGCGAGCCACGACGACGGCACCGACUAUGUGGACUGCUCCACCGUCAACUCCGGGCCCGACCUAACCCUAGAUUUUGGCGGCGUGGCCCUGAAGCUCUCGGCCCGGGACUACGUCAUGCAGCUGGGCAGGAACACGUGUAUCCUCGCCGUCUCGGGCAACUCCCGCGUGACUGGAGAAGUGAUCCUGGGCGACACCUUCCUCAGAAGAUACUACACCAUCUACAACUUCGGCGACAACACGAUCGGGGUUGCGUCUGCAGUGUAG